AUGGAACGCGUCGUCAACCCAAUUCAGCCCACCAAAAAGGCAAUUGAGGCAAAGCUUCCUGAUGGAACCUCCCGCGCGAGAGCGUCUUUGUCUGUAGUACAGUACGUGACGAGGCGAGGCACCAGCCUCAGUCAGAGGGAACAGCAUGACCACCGUCAACGCAACACCCGUCGCGUGAUGGGUCAGACGCCAAUGCCCUGGCAGCUGCUGCGUCACCGUUUCCAUUCAAUUGCCCCCUCACCAUCACGCCCCCCGGGUCCGGUUCCCUGCAGCAGCGGCAACGAGUCUAAGAAGAAGAAAAAGCAAGGGACCAGCGGCGGGUGA